AUGUCUGGUCUGCGCAGCCCAUCUUCAUCCCCCCUGAAGAGCAUGGCACGCUCGAAAAAGCUCCGGCGCAUCUGGACCACGCUCAGCUCUCUCAUGGCGCGCCCUCGCAAGCGACGCCGCGGAGGCUGCGACGUACAGACCCAUUCCACCCUCGACACCAGCAGCAGUGAUCUCGUUGACACGCUCGUCGAGAAGGCUCGCCACACCGAUUAUGUCUCUGGCCCGACUGGUCUCUCUUCGCAGACAACCUUCCACGAUGUACCUAGCUCCCCGGUGCUUGGACCGGCCGACUCUGUCCCAGACUUGCUUCCGGACGAUGACACCUCGUCCAACUGGGCGUCCGAAACCGGCAAUGUGCACUUCUUCACUGAGGAAGACGAGGCGGAAAUCGAGGCACGCAGGCGACACCGGACCGCGAGUGAUCGGCCUCUGGAGGAGUGGGCUGCGAAAGUCGACGACUGGCUUUUGGAGCUCGUCCGGCUGGAGGGCCGCGCGGAGUUCACAGACGAUGCAUGCCCCUCUUGUGACGUUGGGCAGGCGGAGUAUCGUUGCGCAGACUGCGCUGAUCUGCAGCUCUACUGCGCGGACUGUACCGUUCGCAAUCACUCACGGAAUCCCUGGCAUCGACUCACACAAUGGGUCAAAACCCAUUUUCGCCGGACGGACCUCAAGAGUCUCGGCAUUCGAAUUCAACUUGGACAUCCGCCGGGCGAGUGCUGCCCCAAUCCGAAGCCCGCCUUCAACGACGACUUCGUCAUCCUUGACCUCACCGGCAUCCAUCGCGUUGGCGUCGACUACUGCGACUGCCCGCGCAAGACGCAGCUGCCGAUUCAACUCAUGCGCGCUCGACUUUUUCCGGCAACCGUAACCAAUCCGAAGACCGCUGCGACGUACCGUCUCCUCGAGCACUUCCACGUUCUACGUUCCCAAUCGAAGACAUCCGCAUAUGAGUUCUAUCACACGCUUGCUCGCCGUACCGACAACAUCAACCCUGAGGAAGCAAAAGAUCGUUACUCGGCCUUCCUCCGCAUGUCGCGCGAGUGGAGCCAUUUGAAAUUGCUCAAGCGUGCCGGGCGUGGUCACGACCCUUCUGGCGUCGCUGGUACCGCCCAGGGGGAGUGCAGCGUUGAAUGCCCUGCUUGUCCGAUACCCGGCAAGAAUCUUCCUGAUACGUGGGACCAAACCCCCAAGCCGAAACGGUGGCUGUACCGCCUGUUUGUCGGACUCGACGCCAACUUCCGUCUCAAGCGGAAGAAGGUUUCAAGCGAUACCGUCGACCCCGGCCUCAACAAGGGAUGCGCCUACUUCGUCGAAGACAAAAGGUAUAAGGCAUUCCUUGACGAGUACGACUCAAAGCUCCCGCCCGAGCGGAGUACAUGCCACAACCACGACGCACUCAAGCUGGCCAACAUCAAGAAGGUUCGCGAGUUGGACACUAGCGGCGUAGCGACGGUCGAAUGCACGCGCCACAACAUGAAGAGACCGUGUUCAGUUGGCGAUCUUCAGUUCGGAGAGCGCUAUGUCAAUAUGGACUAUGUAUUCACGUCUAGUCUCCACAACCAUGCCAUGCCCGAGGUGGUUGCAUCAUACGACAUCGCGUGCCAGUGGUGGCGUAACCUCGGGACGCGCCUCGGUAUCUACAAGCAACCCUUCGACCAUACCAAGCACGACUUCAUCUUUCUCAUCCCAAAGUUCCACCUCCCCGCGCACCAGGAGUCGUGUCAAACGGACUUCUCUUUCAACUAUACCAGGGGUGUUGGGCGUACGGAUGGUGAGGCAGUCGAGCGGGGGUGGGCCGCGGUCAAUCCCUUUGCAACGUCCACGAAGGAGAUGGGUCCUGGGCAUCGGCACGACGUCCUUGAUGACGUCUUUGGGGUGUACAAUUGGGGCAAGGUCCGGCAUCUCCCCGUUACGCUUCUCGCGAAGAUCAAGGAGGCCGUCGUCGAGUACAAUAAGCAACAGCUCGCCUACGACGACUUCACACAGGUGCUGCCCGAAGACAGCGUGCGCGCCUGGACCGAAAUGGUGGAGAAGUGGGAGGACGAUCCCCAGCACAACGAAAACCCUUUUCACGCCGAACAGCCCACUGUGACAAUGGCGGCUGUACGUCGUCAGCUUGCCGAGGAGGAAUCCGCGCAACCCUUGCCUCAGGAUGGCGCGUCCAACCUCUUGAAGAUGUCCCCGAGCGUCAUGAUCGCGGGAGGUGUUGAUCUCGAGGACCAGCUGUGGCGCCUUCGGCACGAAACAACGAAGUUGGGCGAGCACUCCACGGACAAGCAGCGCGCGACCGUCACAGAGCGACUCAACGUCAUGCGACGGCGGCUCGAGGCCUGGUUCAACGUCCAGCAAGCCUACGUUGCAGGAUCCCAAAGUCUUCGUGAAGCACGUCUGCAUGCAGCUGCGAGGGGCAAGGACGUGGCUGCCUAUGAUAUCCCUUUGCUCCUGCCGUCGGACGUCGUGCACGUUCUUUCUGCCGACCCGGCCCUCCAGGACUGCGAAUGGCGCCUACGAUAUGCCCAGGCCCACGAUGCUCUGAACGAUCUCCGACGGCAUCUUCGUCUUAGCAGCCACCUCUACCACUUCAAGGAUCGGUUCGUGCGUGGCCAGCGCGAAAAUACCCGAGCUCGCUCGAUAAUCAAGACAGUGCAAGACAAGGUCGACGAAGAUGCGGCACGAUACCGUCGGGCGCGCACGGCUUUGCUGACACUCUCGCAGGCCCUCGGCAAGACGGGCUGGCAGGACACUCUGAAGGUCCUGGCCGAUGACGACGUGCGUCUCAUGGCCACGGGGCUAGAGGGCGAAAGCAAGGGUAAGCGUACCCUGUCAUGGAUAUGGCGGACGACCCCUCUGGUCGGUCCGGAGGACGCUCAUAACCCCGAGCUUCAAGAAGCGCUGCGAAUCGAAUGGUGUCAAUCGCGCGCAAGGACGCAGCGGUGGCUGGAAGAAAUGGAGCUCAUCCUCGAAGAGAUGCGCCGGGUGGUUCAGUAUUAUGGCUGGCAGCACCAAUUGUGGACAGCCCGCGCCGAUGCCCGCCCAGACCUUGAUGACGACUACCGCGAGGGCGUAUCUGCGUACGCUCAUCGCCAAGCCGAGAUCCGCGUAACCAUGUGUGGGACUUGCACGCGGGCCUGGCGAUGCGUACCGGAGUUGUGUCUCAAUUUGGCCGUCUCAGACAAAUGCACUGUCCCAAAAUGGACCGGUAGCGUCACAUACUAA